AUGGAAAAUAGUAGUGAUACAAAUGUUAUUGGUACCAACAUCGUACCCCGCCAGCCGGCUAGCCCGCUAGCCAGUCCUGUCUCUGUCAAUGGUGCUAAUAACAAUGUGCACAAUAGAUCACCUCCCACACUUGAUUGGUGGGUUGAUAGUAAAUUAUAUUAUGGUUACAAUGCACAGCAAACAUUUUCAUCACCAUCAAUCAAGAAUUUGGUUGAUCACGAAUUUAAAAUUGUAGGUGCGAAUUCAAGUGAUGUGAUGGAUGGAUGUGUAACUAACUAUGGAUAUGAUGAACAUCCUUGUUGA